AUGACUCCCACAGGACUUGUCGGAUUCGGGAGCUUUUUACGGAAUAACCCGCGGACGGAUAGGUUUAAGGUGGACCGGUUUCACCAUAUCGAGUUCUGGUGCGGAGAUGCUACUAACACGUACGGACGGUUUUCGUGGGGACUGGGGCUGCCGCUCGUCGCGAAGUCGGACCAGACGACGGGUAACCACACGUUCUGCAGUUUCGUGCUGAAAGCGGAGGACCUGGCGCUGGUGUUCACGGCGCCGUAUUCCGAAGCAGCAGCUAUAACGCGUGAGGAGGAGAUGGGGGAGUAUGAGGAGUUGGGGAUUCUCGUGGAUGUGGAUGCUGGGGGAGUGCUGCUUCAGAUCUUCACUGCUCCUAUCGGGGACAGGCGCACGCUGUUCAUUGAGAUUUCGCCCACGGUCUUCAUUGAGAUUCUUCAGAGGGUGGGAGUGAAGAAGGGUCUUCAAGCCGUUCCCAUGCAGCAGUUUCCUCGUGGGGGGUGUGGUGGGUUCGGCACAGGAAACCUGCUGGAGCUCUUCCGAUCGUUAGACACGGUUCAGACACCUUCCAAGGUGUACCCGUGA